GGACAUGCCAUUCGCGCAGCUCUGUGACUUACUUGAGCGUCUGCACAAGAAGAAGAAAGAACGGCAAGAGCAGGACAAAAUACUAACGGCCUUUUUUGACGAGUUCAGGCUGAAGGCUGCCAGGAUCACUGGGAAAAAGAACUGCAACCUGUUCCCUGUAAUGCGUCUCCUGCUCCCGGCGCUGGACCGCGAGCGAGGCGCCUACCACCUCAAGGAAACCUCUUUAGGGUCCACUCUAGUUCGAGUGCUGGCUCUGCCGCCGACUUCUCCUGAUGCGCUACGCCUGACCAGCUACCGCUCCGUCGGCAACGCGCAGGACAGCGACCUUCGCCGGCGUGGCUUACUUCGUUCUCAUGAACCGCCUCGCGCGCCAGUCAGGCUCGCUCACCGUGAAGGACGCCAACGAGGUGCUGGACAAGAUCGCCAACGCGCAGGUCGGGGGGAAGGCGAGUGAGUACAAACAGACACUGCAGGACACCUAGCCGGGGUUGCCUGCUUCGUUCUCAAGAACCGCCUCGCGCGCCAGUCCGGCUCGCUCACCGUGAAGGACGCCAACGAGGUGCUGGACAAGAUCGCCAACGCGCAGGUCGGGGGGAAGGCGAGUGAGUACAAACAGACACUGCAGGACACCUAGCCGGGGUUGCCUGCUUCGUUCUCAUGAACCGCCUCGCGCGCCAGUCCGGCUCGCUCACCGUGAAGGACGCCAACGAGGUGCUGGACAAGAUCGCCAACGCGCAGGUCGGGGGGAA